AUGACUGAGACAUUUUCGGAUGAACAAUUGUUCCUCAUUCAGCAGGCCCCAUGGUUUGCAGACAUUGCAAAUUACAAGGCCAUGAAUUUUAUUCCAAAGGAGUAUAGUAGGCAACAAGUAAAGAAGCUAUUGACUGAUGCAAAAUACUACAUUUGGGAGGAACCGUACCUUUUUAAAAGGUGUUCAAAUGGUAUAAUCCGGAGAUGUGUCCCGGAUGAGGAAAAGCAGCAGAUUCUUUGGCACUGUCAUGGUUCUGAUUAUGGAGGACACUUUGGUGGUGAAAGGACAGCUACAAAGGUCCUUCAGAGCGGGUUUUACUGGCCGACUCUCUUCAGGGACUCAAGAGAAUUUGUGAAGCACUGUGACAGAUGUGAAAAAGCCACGAACCUCCCUGCCAACCAUGAGAUGCCACAGCAGGGAAUUCUUGAGGUUGAGUUGUUUGAUAGAUAUGGAGUCCGUCAUAAAGUGGCAACCCUCUAUCACCCUCAGACAAGUGGACAGGUUGAAGUUUCCAACAGGGAACUCAAGCGGAUUCUAGAAAAGACCAUCAAUGUUUCAAGAAAGGACUGUUGGUCUAUGGCAAAGCCUGUCACUUGCCAGUUGAGCUGGAGCAUAAAGCGUACUGGGCAAUCAGCCUAUGAGAAUGCCAAGCUCUAUAAGGAGAGAACCAAGCUCUUGCAUGACAAGAAGAUUACCAUCAGAGUCUUUGAGCCAGGGCAGAGAGUACUUUUGUAUAAUUCAAGGCUCAAACUUUUUCCCAGAAAGUUGAAAUCCCGGUGGUCAGGACCGUUUGUGGUUACCAAAGCCUCACCAUAUGGUCAUGUGGAAAUACAGGAAGAGAAUUCUGACAGGAAAUUUACAGUGAAUGGCCAGAGGUUGAAGCACUAUCUUGGAGGCGUGAUUGAUCGCCAGCGGUCUGCUCAUCUGCUGAAUUAG